GCAAGAUGGCAACGUUGUCGCAGUUUUGACGAAGAAGCGGGAUUUCGCGAUAAAGUGAUUGUUGUAACAAUUGUUUCCGUUCACAACAACAAGUGCGCGAAUUUGAUCUAUUGAUUCCGAAUUCGCCGAUCUUAUCUCACUCUCUACCGGCGUUACUUAUCAGUAAACACGAUAAAUCUGUAUAUAAUCGUGCAAAUUGAAAGACCAUGGCGGACGAGACGAAGGAAACCAAAACGGAAUCAGAGCACAUAAAUCUGAAGGUGUUGGGCCAGGAUAACGCGGUAGUACAAUUCAAAAUUAAAAAACAUACACCUCUUCGCAAAUUAAUGAACGCGUAUUGCGAUCGAGUAGGAUUGGCAAUUGCCGCUGUAAGAUUUAGAUUUGACGGCCAACCCAUAAACGAAUUGGACACACCCACGACAUUAGAAAUGGAAGAAGGAGACACAAUAGAGGUGUACCAACAGCAAACAGGUGGUCUAUGUUGAGAUCCAAGGUGUCACAUUUAUGAAUGGACUCUAAAUGAAAAUUAUAUAUAUAUUGUUUCAACCAUAAUUAUUUAAAAAAAAAGAUACGAUGUUUAUUUUCUUUUUUUUUUUUUUUUUUUUUUUUUUUACUCUGCUCUACAGAAAAAAAUCAAAGAGUUCUCUUUGUCUCAUAACAUGCAGGACAUUCCAUUGAGCAAGUCCUAUUUAUACUACUGACAGCUUUGUUUUUCUUAAAUGAUUUAUAAAAAAAGUAUAAAAUUUUCUUUUGUACGAUAUGCGAACAAAUAUUCUAUGAAUUGUGAAAGUGCAUAUUAUUAAUCAAAGUCUUCUAUUAUUAUAGUAUAGCCGUUUGUGAUUUUGUUAAUAAAACAACACAGUUGUUUACAAUGUAUCGUAAAACUACAAGCUCACGUUACUGUUAAGAAAAAAAAAAAAACAAUAUACAAAUAUUAAAUUAUGUAAAAAAAAAAAACAAAAAAAAAAAACGGCUAUUAUCGUCAUAAGAUUUUCUACAAAUCUCGCGAAUCCCCUGCAUACAUAAUUUGUACACAGUACACGAUGAGAAGCGACAUUGUAAUAAUGACAAUUUCAAAAUCUUUACUUAUAAUAAAUUCCCAUUUUUAGAUACUUCUCUUUUUAUGCUUGUAGCGAGUGUGUAGAAAAAAAUACUUUUAUACAGAUAAACGAAUAUUAUUAUUCAUUUUUUGUAUUGGUACAUACAGACACACACACACGCGCGCGCGCAAAAUCUUCAAAGUUGAUCUAAGAGCUUUUACAAAUAUAUCCAAGAUUUUGUAUUAAAUUGUUAUUUUAUGCAACACCCACACAUAAGACUUCGUAAAAAAGUAAAAAACAAAAAUAACUGGUAUAUGAAAUCUUUUUUCUAAAAAAUUUCACAUUUUAUUGCGAGCAACAGAAACUAUAGUGUUUUUCUUGUUCUUAACUUAAAUUGUAUAAUGUGUCUAGAAAAAAAGAAAGAUGAGUGUGUAAAACGAUUGUAAGAAAUAUACGCGAUAUAUUGUGUAUAUUAAAAUAUCACACUAAAAAAUUGCAUAUCUCUGCAGAGAAGACAACAAUACAAAAAAAAAAAAAAAAAAAAAAAAAAAAAAAAUGAAAUAUAUGAACACUAUAUUGUGGAGAAAAAUAAUUAAAAUCUAUUUACGUAUUAAUAUGCAACGUAUACAAUAUAAAUAAAACAUGUAAUAAUAUGUAUAAUACAUAGAUUUUUUUGCUAUUAUUUUUUAAUAUUACAAUAAUAAAGAGGAUAGAUUCUUGUUUUUAUCUCUUACAACAAAACGUAUAAUCGCAUCAAAAUAAAGAUUAAAAACUAAUAUUUUCUUCUCCGCAAACAAACUGCAGAUGUGAUACAAAUUUGUACCACAUGGCAACACUUUUUGGUACAUCAAAAAGAGAUAUACUAUGUACAAAAGAACUUCGUUAAAAAAGAGUCAAAGAUCACGGACAUGCACCAAAUGACACAUUAUACCGACACAUUGGAAAAUUAGCUACAAAGUUCAACAUCAAUGUUUUGUAAAUGGCGCUAACAAAGUUUCCUUCUCAAGGCCUGGUCUUUAACUCCAAAAAUGUGAGAACGCAAUUUAUAUGCAGUCCGAAAGAAAAUACAGAACAGAAAAAAAAAUACAGUAAAAGAACCAAUUGCAAAAAAACAAACGAACGAUUUCCGUUCCGCUUUUUUAGCAGCUCGAGAUUUACACAAGACAUACGUAAAUUUUAUGAGACGGAAUCAUGACUGGUUGAUUCCUCGCUAUAAUUUUUUUUGUUCCACAAAAAAAAAGAAUGAAAACGAGUUGUACCGGAAUUCGAAAAUACAGAUAUAUACAAAGAAUU